CAAGGUGCCAUCAUAAGAAUCUGCAAACUAUAAGCAGAAACCUCAGAACUCGAAAGAAUAUUGAUAGAGUCGAUUUUACUUAUCCCGUUUGGGUGCAUUUGCAGAUAGACCAACUAAUGCAGCAAAGCAAGUCACUGGUGAUUACAGGCCAUUCUGUCGGAGCAACAACAGCCUUCCUCACGGUCCUUUGGCUCCUCUGUCGCCUCAAAUCCACCUUCUCUUCCCCCCCUGUCCUCUGCAUCACCUUCGGCUCUCCUUUACUCGGGAACGAGUCCCUCACCAAUGCCAUUCUUCGGGAGAGAUGGGGAGGGCGAUUCUGCCACAUCGUGUCGAAUUACGACAUCAUGCCAAGGCUGCUCUUCGCCCCAUUACUCUCUGUCACCCAUCAACUCCAUUUCCUGCUGCAGUUCUGGCACUUGUCCAUGGCCUCCCAAACGUCCCAAUGUCCAGUUCUUGCAUUGACUGAACAGGACAUAAACGGAUUCUUCGGAACCAUCUUGUCCAGUGUAGAAGUGACUGCGAGGACAGAGGAAGGCUCAGGAUCGGGAAUGAAGUCCUUCUGGCCUUUCGGGAGUUACUUGUUCUGUUCGGAAGAGGGAGCCAUAUGUAUGGAUAAUGCAACCUGUGUUGCUAAGAUGCUGCAUUUGAUGCUGCUGUCGGGUUCUCCAAGUCGCAGUAUCGAGGACCAUCUCCGGUAUGGAAACUAUGUCAGCAAGCUGAGUUUUCAGUUUCUGACGAGGAGAAAUUUUAUGACAAGGGAGAUAUCCGAGUCGAACUACGAAGCGAGUGUUUCUUUGGCAUUGCAAUCCUCGGGAACGCAUGGACAGGAACCGGUUUCAACAUUGGCUAAAGAUUGUCUGAUGACUGCUAGGAGGGUCGGUCGAGCACCGAACAUCAACAGCGCUAACUUAGCCAUUCGACUUUCCAAGAUCGUGCCCUUCAGGGCAGAAAUAGAAUGGUACAAGGCUUGCUGUGACAAGUCGGACGACCAAAUGGGUUACUAUGAUUCUUUCAAGAGGAGAGGAGCCUCGAAGAGAGAAUCGCGAGUCAACAUGAAUCGGAUCAAGCUGGGGUCAUUCUGGGAUGAUGUGAUUCACAUGUUGGAGAGGAAUGAGUUGCCGCACGAUUUCCACCGACGGGCCAAAUGGAUAAACGCUUUUCUAUCCUAUAGGCUCCUUGUCGAGCCACUGGACAUAGCCGAGUAUUAUCGCUUGGGCCUUCACCACAGGAAAGGCCAUUACCUUAUGCACGGAAGGGAAAGGAGGUUCGAGAUUUCCGACCGGUGGUGGAGGGAGAGAGAGGGUGCAAAUAAGCAAGAAACCCAUAAGAGGAGCAAGUUCGCGAGCCUGACUCAGGAUUCAUGCUUCUGGGCCAGAGUCGAAGAAGCUUGGGAUUGGUUAGAUGAUGUUAGAAGCGAGACCGACCAUGGGAAAUUGGAAUUUCUCUUGCAAAGGAUUCGAAACUUCGAAAUGUAUGCAGCGAAGCUGAUCGAGACCAAAGAGGUGUCUGAAGAUGUCAUUGCCAAGAACUCAACCUACAGUCUAUGCAUCGAAAAAUGGCGUACAUUGCAAUCAAGUCUUCGACAAGAACAUCAAGAUACCUCUUUGGCUCUCAAUUAACUCCAGCAAGUAUCGAAGGUUCAACUACGAACAUCUGCACUUUUAGGGUACAUGAUAAAGUGGACGAACUUCUACUGCACUACAAUAUGAUGGUGAAUUCUGAUAAGAUGAAACUGAUUAAUUUGGAUAAUGAAUGCAACUAUAUACAUAUCAUGUAUGCUUUAUCAUAAAAACAGAUCGCGAUGCAUAGCAAAAUUCUUAAAAGUAAGCUAGUUUAAUUUCCUAAAAUUGCUCCUCGUAUGGAGUAUCAAUGUUCCUAACAGGUCCCUUGAACCAUCUUCGAGCAUCAAAAACCCACCAAAUCAUUAUCAAGCCCAAGGCCACACCCAGAGCCACAGGUGCAUAAUUGAAUGUGUCCAACCUAAUCGGGUACAGCGUCGGCAAAAGGAACACGCAACAUGUGUAGCAUAUCCAAAGGAAAGCAACCAGGCAGACUGGCCUGCUCGCCAUGCCCAGGUAGAAUGGGCCGGGAUUAAAGUUCUGCUCAGGCAUGACCAUCCUCGCAUAUAUAGGGACCGCGUAACCACCAACCCAGCCAAUCGUACAUAUUGAAGUUAUGGCUGUGAAGACCACAUCGAUUUUCAGGAUGGGAAGGCCGAGAAGAAUGCAGAUGGCUGCACAAAGCCACACAGCAUUUGAGGGGACUUUGUGCUUUGGGUGAAUCUUUCUCCAUA